AUGCGACUGAACGAAACUAACCAACCACCGAAGUUAACCAAAUAUUAAUUGUCCCCUGUUCCCUCUUGCUCCGACUUCUGUUUCGCCUUCUGAUUGGCUCUCUGCAUUGGCACGUUGGUGACUAACUCGAAGUCGACAUCACACGAGCACCAGCGAACAUCGUACCUCGACUACCUCGAAGACCGAAGGUUGGGACAAGGUCGAUCCUGCAGCACCGCCAAAGCGGUCCGCAUUCGACAGCUUCAAAAGCACGACGACGCAAAGCUCGACGCAGAACAGCAGUUCCCUGAGUCCGCAGCACGAUUCAGCCUGGCUCGACGGCCUGAACAGUCCACUCAUCCAGGAUGAAGGUGACAGCAAAAUGCUGAAGCUUCGAUUCGAUGUUUCCCAGUACACGCCGGAGGAGAUCGUUGUCAAGACCGUGGACAACAAGCUGCUGGUGAGUACCCUUUCGCGUUCUUCUCGCCGAUCAGAGUGCCUUGUUAGAUCUUAUUCACUUUGUCAUGGGAAACAUCGUACUCCCAGACGCGUAAAAGUGAAAGCGACGAGUUUUCGUUCAUGGAUCUAUUGUACGGAUGUGUCCGCGGGAUUUUAAAGAGCUCGAUUGCAUGCCUAGUCUGUUUAAUUUCAUCACGUUUCUUGUAUAAUUCAUUUGUAUAAUUUGAAAGUAAGUUCCGGACGUUAUAAUGUUAGAUGUCUUCGCGAUAGAGUUGCAAAAAAAAAAAAGUGCAAAUAAUGUAUUUAAUGAAUUAAUUACGAUCAUUAUGGAAUGAUUCGUUAUGGGUUUAGGAAUUAUUCAAAGAUUCAUCUCUCUCUUUAAUCUCAUAUUCGAAGUGAUCUUACUAUCAAAUACAGUUUAUGUGAAAUAUAAGGGGAAGCCACGUUGAUUUUUAUGUUGGCUGGAUAAUCUGAAAAAUUGUUGACUACUAACAACAGAUUUGAAUUUAGAUUUAGAAAUUAAAUAAAUAAAUAGAUUUGUUUCGGAUAUAAUUUAUUUUUCUUUCGUAUAUUGAGAAAUAUAUGCUGAGGGAAAUGACACAUGAUUAA